AUGGAGCCGGUGAUGUCAGAUGUCAUUAGCAUAUUUCUGGCUAUAACUAAUGCUUGCGCAAAGACGCGCCACUACUGCUGCACCGCACUGACCAGAGACAACCAGCGACCCAACAGCAUCCUGGUAAGACACCCUCAGCAUUUCUUUCACUAUUGUUUUAACAUUUUAGAUCAACUAAAGGCGGAUAAAUGUGAGGGAUAAAGGAGGCGUUUGAGAAAAUGCGUCAAAGCGAGAUAAUAACGGAGAUAAUUUUGAUUUUUACGCGAAUGCAGCGUCUUAUUCGUGCGUAAAACCUCCACACAUGAUGUGAUGUGACAGCAGAGGGGGCAUGUUUGUGUGUGUCUUUGUGUAAAAUACCCACAUCCACGCAUAACACCCUGUUUCUUUGUUGCUCGGGCUGCACACGCCUGGUCCCGUUAGAAAAAUGAUGCGUUCACGGCGCGUUAAUCUGUGCGUCUGCGCUCUUUUUAUGGCUGGAUUUUGGACGUUUUUUGGCGUUGAACUUGGAUUUUUUUUAGGGGGACUUUGGGUGGAUGUGCAGACAUGCCAAUCUGGGCGGUGGUUCCUUCACGUUGCACUCCCCCCCCACCCCACUCCACCACCACCCCCAAGAGGGAAUAGAAAAAGAAGUACGUGACAAGUGAAUUUUGCGGAUGUUGCACAGCUUCCAUGUGGAAAGCCCCUGCGUGGACUCUCAUAAAGCAACAUUUAAUCAUAACAAUAUCAUAUUUUUGAUCUUUUCGGGUUAGAUUUGAUAAUAUUCCUACAAUAAUGCUCAGAAUGUCUCUCUUUUUUUAUAUUUGCCCAGCAUGGGAACUCCCAUUGUUAUGUAAAUGUCGGUUUUGAAGGCGUUGUGGACUGGCUUCAUUGUCUGGAGCAGACCGUCCCCUGCAUGUGUGUGCGUGUGAGUGCGUGUGUGAGUGUGUGUGCAUCCUCCCCGAGGGUUUGUGUGUUGGAUAACGGGGAUGGAAAGCAGUCGUUUCACGCUGGGCAGAGCUGCAGGCGAACAAAAGACGGCGGACGCACAUUUGAAGAAAAAGUAGUGCGGUCACUCAGAUUUAGGCAACGCCCUUUUUCUCUUUGAAGCACGUGUUGAUGUGGAUUUCAUCUCAAUUCAACAUGUUAUUUCACUCCAAUCUCUCUUGCAUAAUAACAACAAUAAGCGUGUUGUUUAUCUUUACAGAUUAUCUGCAACAAUGGGUGACAAGCCUGACAUCUCAGAGGUGACAAAAUUUGACAAAUCCAAGCUGAAGAAGACGGAGACGCAGGAGAAGAACCCCCUGCCUACAAAAGAAAGUAAGCCCCUCAGCUGCUGGUGUUGAAUCACUCAUGUUUAUACUGGACUGCGGUGCGUUCAGGUGUCUCUCCAGGGGUGACGCUCACUCUUGUCUCCUCUUUUUUCUCCUCGCAGCCAUCGAGCAGGAGAAGGCGGACACGUCGUGA